UUUUGCUUUUGAAGGCACCGAAUCAGGAACAGCUUGCUCUCCCUUUCUUUGUAGGUAGAUCUUCAAAAUACUCCUGCAGCAAUUGCUACCAGUUUAAAGUACUGAAGACUUUUUAAACCUUGCAAUAAUGUACAUUUAUCUACAAUAUGGAGCCUGUUACAGGGUUCAAUUAUUUCUUAUUUGCAUGGACCUCUUCCUUAUGGAGAAGACAACAAACAGGAAAUUGCAGAGAUGCAAACAAAGUGGUUUGGCAGGUGAUGGGAAAGGUACAGCUGUGUCACCACAUUUAAGCUGAACAUCAGAGGCAAAGGCAGCCUGACUCCUAAGGCAGCUGAUCAGCACCUACGAAGCAUUGACUUCCUUAACUUGGUGUUGAGCCCCACUGUACCUCAGGUUCUGCCAUAUUCUUUUUUGCUGAGCCUUCCAGCAGAAAAUGAAAACUAUGUAUCUGUUCCUCCUUUCCAUUCUAAAUUUGCUUCUGAAACCCACUAGCAGCAGAGAAGUUAUAUUUGGCCAUAAUCAUUUCACUGAGUAUCAAGUGGGCAACAUGAACCUUAUCCUUUCUGUCCCACAUGGUGGGUCAAUGGAACCUGAAGACAUCCCUGACCGAGAGGCUGGCUGUUGGGAUGCAGAGACAUCUUCUUGUAUUUUCUCUCAUGUGUGUCCUCCUGGAAGCAUUCAAAGUUAUAUAAAUUGUAAAGUAUCUACCAAACAAGACAGGUACACUAUAGAAGUGGCUCAAGCUCUUGCUGAGGAAAUCAACAAAAUUACUGAUGGUUUCUUUCCACAUACUGUUAUUAACCACUUACAGAGGUUCAAGAUGGAUGCCAACAGGGAAAAGGAAGAGGCCUCCUUCAGAGUCCCCCAAGCAGAACAGGCCUGGGAGGAUUACAUGGGAUUUUUGACUACUGCAAAAUCACAGAUGACAGGGGGCCUGAUUUUGGAUAUCCAUGGACAAGCACAUCCCGAGCAGUGGAUAGAAUUAGGUUAUACACUUUCAAAAACUUCUCUUAACUCAGGUGUCUUCUCUGCAUCAAAUUCCUCCAUUAGAUAUCUGGCCAGUCAGCUAGUUGGUGUGCCUUUCGAGUCUCUGCUUGCAGGGAACAGAAGUUUGGGUAAAUAUAUUGAAGAACAAAAUAACAGUUACGUUUGUGUGCCUUCUCUAUCCAAUCCUAGCCCAAAUAAUGGGAACUAUUAUAGUGGUGGAUACAUAACAAAGAAUUUUGGCUCCUGUCAUUCUGGUGUUGUUGAUGCCAUUCAGAUUGAACUACCACAGUGGGUGAGGGCACCUGAAGAACUUCCCAAAUUCUGUAAAGCACUAGCAAAGGCUGUAAUGAAAUUCUGGCAAACUAACUAUUGCAGCCAGUUCAAGCAUAAGUUUCUGCCAUGCUGAAAAAGGUUGUCUUAAUUAAGAUACCUUUCCAUAAUAUUCUAAUGAUCUGAAACAACAGAACAACUGAUACACCUAAAACACUUAAGCCUGAACUAUAACUGUGGAUUGUAGAGGAAAAAUAGCUUCCAAAGGAAUGCAGAGACAUCAACAGAAAAUUCACAACUAAUACUCAACAAGCCAGUUAGCAAACAGCUUUGUGUUAGAUCUAGCAUUGAAAAGACUGCCUGAAAAAUAUCUUUGGAACUAUCAAUUGUCUGAUAAGCUUUUCUGUUCUUAAUUUCUUUCCUGUAGCAUCCUUUGUUGUCUAGGAUACAAUAGGUGUCUAUUCUAGUUAAUUCUGUAUAGUGCAGUGCUUUAGUAGCUUGUCCAUUCAAUAAAAUUGAGUGUCUCUGCUUUUCUUCUGAAAAAAGAAUGAAUUCAUUCACUACUUCAAGGCAGAUGUUUAGCCACUACCUGAGAAGAAUGGCCACAGCACACAUAGUGGUUACUUAAUGUGACGGACGCCUUCAUCACCUCAUCUUUCUCCUCCUUUUCCCAGUCUUUUAUUGCUGAGCAGGACAUUAUAUGGUGUAGGAUAUCCCUGGUCUGUUCAUGUCAGUCAUAGCAGAUGUGGUCUCUCCCAUCCUGUACACUGGGAGUGGGGAAAAGAAACACCUUGAUGACACAGGCAACUCUUGGCAAUAGCCACAACACAGUUCUGUUAUCAUGCCUUUUUAAUCACAAAUCAAAACACAGUAGCAUAUGGAAUGUUACAAAAAAAACUAGCUUAAUCCUAGCCAGAAUUAGUGCAUGUCUUACUCUCCAGAGACAUCUGCAUGUCAGCAAUGGAAGUAUUUUUGGAGAUUUAUGGCCCCGAACCUUUAAAAAAUAGUCAAUCACAGUAAGGUGCUUUUCAUUCCUAUCCAUCAAGAAGUGGAGUGAGAUGGGCUUUUCUGUAAGCGUCUUGUUAUAAUUAUGUUAAAAUUUUUUUUGCUGCUUGAAGAACUGGGAUGGAUAUAAAGAUUUUAUUUCUAUGUGCUCAGGGAACCUGCUAAACUACUUGCCUUAAGAUGAACAUAAUGUUUACUAGUCUUGAUUCUGUUCUUCACUGAGCUCUUUCUCCACUGUCAGUUCAGUUAGAGUGGACAUCUCAGGUUUGUUCCAUUGAGGAUCUGUAGAAAUAAAAUGCAAAUUUUCAAGAGCUAAUAAAUAUAUACCUACAGUCA